UCUAAUUCUUUCUGUUUUGUUCUCUAGUCAACUCGAUCAGAUUCAAAUUGAAAUUGAAAAUAUGCAGAUGAUCAUGAAUUCUUCCACUCUCAACCCUGAUCAAGAAGCUUCAAUCAUCGUGAAUACCCUUCAGACAAUUCUCUCCGGUCACGAUUUCCAACCAUUCCACGAUUACUCUCAUCAUCAGCAGCAGCAGCUGUCGUCGUCCUUCAUUCACUCCAUUUUUCCGGAAAUCGAGACCUGCCAGCUGUGCCGAAUCAAGGGUUGUCUGGGUUGCAACCUUUUCGGUCCCAUUGAAUUAGAUGAUGAGAUGAUCGAGAUAAAAGACGUCGUCCAGGGACCACCCACGAAAAAGACGACGACGAUGAAGAGAAAGAAAAAGAAUAAUAGUUACAGAGGUGUGAGACAGAGGCCGUGGGGGAAAUGGGCGGCCGAGAUUCGAGACCCGAGGCGGGCUGUUAGAGUUUGGCUUGGGACGUUUAAUACAGCGGAGGAGGCGGCACGGGCAUACGACAAAGCCGCGAUUGAAUUCCGCGGGGCUCGAGCUAAGUUGAAUUUCACAUUUCCCGACACCAGCGCACCAACGAGUACAAUUACAACAACAACUACUACUAGUAGUGAUGAACAAAGUGAGAUCAGAACUAGCUCCAAAGAGGAGGAGGAGGAGGAUAUUGGAAUAUUAUGGGAAUUACCCACCGAUCAAGAAUGGGCUAUGAGCUUCAUGAAUUUUAGUAAUUGAUGGCUCUCCCUACCAGUUUCUAGCAAUCAUAUUCAUUCAUUCAUUUUCAUUCAUUUUAGGUACUAGAAAAGAAAGAUGAUCAUAUCAUAUUGGGUGUAACAAAGAUCAUCAAUUUUGUCACUAUAUACCGACACAAGUUGAGAAAUAAAUUCUUACUAUUUCCAAGACUAUGCCUUAUUUAGUUAGACUUAACAUUAGAUUGCACAAGCCA